AUGGCCGAAAUAAACUUUUGAAGCAAAACAUAAUUUGUUUCCUGAAGAACCAGUAAAAUAUAAUACAGGCUCUUCUUGGGGGCCUAGUUAUUCUCUCUUCUAUGAGUUUGAGCUGAAUCCCAUCCUAAAAAAAGCUUAUUAUGAUUUUAUGAUAUUGUUGGGAUACAUCUGAAUAUGGUCGGCCUGACGUCUGACUAAUUCAGAAGAUAGUUUGAAAUGAGCUGCUUUUCGUGUUGCCUGUCUGAAGACAAGGUCAAUAGAAGGUCACUCAGGAAGAGCAUUCAAGAGGGCAGAGAUGCCAGAACUAUAGCCUCCUCAUUUGCUAGUUCAUUUGCUAAUUUAUCUUUUAAAUCUGAUGGCAGCAGGAGAAGGUAUAUAGUAGGGGAGAUAUCAAAAUAUGGAAAAGGAAGUGUUACCACGGAGUUCUUCCCAUUCAAGGAGUUAUCUGCUGCAACACAAAAUUUCCGCCCUGAUUGUAUGGUAGGUGAAGGUGGUUUUGGGAGGGUUUACAAAGGUCAUCUUGAAAGCAAAAACAUGGAUGUUGCCAUUAAGCAACUUGACAGGAAUGGUUUUCAAGGGAAUAGAGAAUUUCUUGUAGAGGUCCUUAUGUUGAGUCUUCUUCACCAUCCCAACCUUGUAAAUUUGGUUGGUUAUUGUACUGAUGCAGAGCACAGAAUAUUAGUCUAUGAAUACAUGGCCAAUGGCUCUCUAGAGGAUCAUCUUCUUGAUAUAGGAGAAAAGAAGCCUUUAGACUGGAAAACAAGGAUGCAAAUUGCCAAAGGAGCGGCUAAAGGACUAGAAUAUUUGCACGACACAGCUGAUCCUCCUGUAAUUUAUCGUGACUUUAAGGCUUCUAACAUUUUGUUAGACGAAAACUUUAACCCAAAGCUUUCAGACUUUGGACUCGCAAAACUAGGCCCAACCGGUGACAAAACCCAUGUUACAACAAGAGUAAUGGGAACCUAUGGCUACUGUGCACCUGAAUAUGCAUUAACAGGGCAGUUGACAGCAAAGUCUGAUGUUUACAGCUUUGGAGUAGUGUUAUUGGAGUUGAUCACAGGAAGGCGAGUGAUUGACAAAUCUAGGCCAAGCGAGGAGCAAAACCUCGUUACUUGGGCACAACCAUAUUUCAGAGACAAGAGGAAGUUUCAUUUAAUGGUAGAUCCACUGCUGGAAAAUCAAUAUCCGAAAAAGGGGCUCCACCAAGCUCUUGCAGUAGCAGCAAUGUGUCUACAGGAUGAAGAUGAAACUAGGCCGUAUAUCAAUGAUGUGGUAUCUGCGCUCGAGUUUUUAUGUGAUAGUGAUAGCAAGGAGGGUGUGAUGUCUGCAGCGAGUAGUAUGGCUGAAGGUAGAAGUAUGGCGGAAGGUAGACAGUAAGAGUUGUUGAUGGUGUUUCGGCAUGAAAUUGAGUUUUAUGUUAAAACAGAUGAACUUGUGUUUUGUGAUAUUGUAUCGUCUGCAUAACAUUGUCCAACUCUGACGAUUACACCUGUCGUGAAACAAUUUUAAAUACCCAACUCACCUUUCACCUGACAUUAUCAGUUACUCAAAAUUUUGUGUUAUAAAUCCCAAAGCUAAUUUUUUCA